ACCCACCCCCUUAUUCGCCGCGAAAAAAUCAGGAACUAUUCCGACAACCACUUUCCCCUCAAGUUCGCCUCAAAACCUAGCAGAGCAUCACCUGCUAAGCCCUAACCCAUAUCUAUCUCUUCUGUUUCUCUCUUGAUUUUAUCUGAAGAAGGAAUUCACUCUCUCUCUCCCUCCGAGAUAUGGAUGAUUUUUCUAUCUAAAUAAAUCGAUUCAGAAUUCUUGCACGCCAGCCAGUCUUUGCAUUCAUCUCAGGGAAAGCAAGCACUACAAAUAAUUGGUCCAAACAAACCCUAAUUAUGAUUGCCCUGUAGGCUCUUAAACCAGGGGUCUCUAAUCACUUCUUUCUGAAAUGAAAUUUGGGGAAACAUUCACUGAAUAUCGUCAUGGAGACCAGGAGAGAUUCCUGGAUAAGUUCUCACAUGUGGAGUACAAGAGAUUGAAGAAAGUUUUAAAGAGUUGUCGAAGAUGUCAUUCAAUGCAAGCUUCUCAAGAUGAGAGAUUAGAGGAGACUGCGAAUGGUGGUUCUUCACAGCUCUGUAGCUCCGAUUCUUGCCCUGUGUGUGAUAAGCAGUUCUUUUCUGAGUUGACAAAAGAGGCUUCAGAGAUAGCUGGUUGCCUUCGUUCAAGAGUCAGGCGCCUUCUCCAACUUCAUGUUACCAAUGGGUUGCGGGGUUAUGUGUGUCGUCUGCGACAUUGCUUUGUGGAUGACCAAGAAGCCUUACAUCAAGGACGGAUACUAAUUGACUACAUAACCAUGAAUGCCAUGGCUAUACGAAAAAUCCUGAAGAAAUAUGACAAAGUGCAUUGCUCUGUCAAUGGUAGGAACUUUAAGAUAAAGAUGCAGGCUGAACGACUUGAGCUCUUACAGUCCCCUUGGCUUAUUGAAUUGGGUGCGUUCUACAUCAAUUCUAGAGGCUUGGAUGAUGGAGAUUCCAAUCAUUUUUGCCGACAAUUCUCCUGUGAUUUUAGUGGUACUGAGCCUGUAAUAAAACUGAUCAUUUCAGACUCAGUUAAGCUCGAGUACAAUUUGACAUGUGCCAUUUGUUUGUGACCAAAUAUCAAAAUGCUACUGGCUAUGGAAGAAAAAAACUUAAAAUUUGCAACACAAGAAUCAAAGUAAAAGAAAAUGGAAAGGAGGCAAAAUGUUCCGAGACUUCUGCCGCACGAGCUUAUGCUGGAAUCUGACGAGAAGUAUAAUAUUGUGUGAGUGAAUUUCAUGUUUUCUCCAACGACCUUGCGAAUGAGUUUGAAAAUGCAUUAUAGUCGACAAUUAAAAAAAAAAAUGCAUUAUUGUCCAUCUUAUAUCACUGAGAGAAUGGUCCUCUCAAAUGCAUCCUCCCUGUUGAAGGUGAUUUCGAAGUAACCAUUCCAACUUCAAACCUACCAACCAGUAAUCCUGCUAUAAGCCAUUAUUGUCUGACUUUUACUGCCAAAUCCAGUGGGCUAGAUGAACCUUUUCCUUGGUCACCAUUACUCCAUAAAAAGUCCCAUAUUUGUCAUCUGAAAAUCUCCAUUACCUAUGGAAAUAGAUUUUGAGUGGAUAGAAUAUCUAGUGGUAGAAAGAUUAUAAACAUGAGGUCGUAAAGUGUUUGCAGAAGGUGAAAAAUUGGUUGUAGAAAGAUUAAUAUGUUCAGCUCAAAUAAGUUUUUGAGCCGUGACCUCAUUAUCAUUUUUUUUUUUGAGCCGUGACCUUGAUUUUUCAUUGACUUUUCCCUCAAAUUUACUAAUUAUGUACUGUCCUGGAAAUAGGUUAGUUGCUAGUGAAUUAGUUCCCUUUGCAAUCUUUCUUGAAUCACUUCCAUGUAUAAUGCCAGAGCACUAUGGUUUUGGCAAUUUUGGAAAAUGUUGCUGGAAUUUUGGUUGUCGCUAGAAACAAAGUUUCUCUUGUUACUUUUUUUUGUCUAUGUUGGAUUGGCUAGUCUACUGAUUUUACAGACGCUAUUUGAAAUUUUGAAUGGAUGUAUAUGCAGGAUACUCUUUUCAAUCCUUAUGCUCUGGCAUGUGGCCACCUAUUCUGUAAAGGCUGUGCCUGUGCGGCCGCUUCUGUGUUAUUGUUUCAAGGG